AUGAGACGUUCGCCUCCAGCUCCAGGACUUAGACCUCCAUCCCUCCCUGCGCUUCCAAGACCUACUCGCCCUGCCCCUUGGUCCCGCCCAGUGACCUACCCUCCUCCACAGGAUUACCGUCCAACACCACCAGUCCCCUACCUCAACCUGCCCCCCGCACCCCCCGUGGCACCCCUCCGACCCCGCGGCCCUCGGCCCCCAGCCCCCUACGUAGACUCAGUAACCGACUAUUCUGAAUCCUCCGAGCCCUCUGUUCCCGCGGGUCCAGGUCCAAGUCGCGGCCGCGGUCGCGGUACCCCCUCCUCCCCCGCCAAACAAGUCAGAUCCUCCCUCCCCCCCCUCGAGCCCCCGCCCCAAAUCGACCCCUCCAUCAACCCCAUCCUCCGCGCCCACCUCACCGCCCUCAGCCCCGAAACCCGCCGCGUCCUCCCCUCCAUCCUCACCCGCCUCGGCCGCACCUCCCACGCCCAAACAUGCGAACAAUUCGACUUCACCAACACCACCCGACUCGACCCCUCCAUCCGCCCGGCCAAAAGCCCACAAGUAACCGUCAAAGUAGUCAACAUGGACACCCUAGAAGCGGCCCUCUCCCUCCCCGAGCGGGACCCCCCCCUCCCCAAAGACGGGCAGCCAGUCCGGUUCAGGCCAUUAAUCCUCAACUGUAGCGACGUCGACCGCCCCUCCGGGAACGAGAGGCGGGGUAGUAGACACGGGGAUUUCUCCCAGAGCGAGAAACGGGGGCGGCACCCGAUGGGAAUGAACACCUCUGUGCUCUACAGUCCGUACGUUCAAGUUGUUCGUCGGGACACAUCUCAUCGCUUCCUCGAUCUGGACCACCCCGAAAAUUUGCCCGUCGUGGCGGCCAUCACGAUGGGGGCGCAGUACCGCCCCGAGACAAAAACCUACAUGGUGCCUGCUGAGCUGGGGAGGACGAGGCCGAAGCAGGCUUUUCAUCGGUAUACUGACAGAGAAAGGCUCAAGAUGAGGAUGAGGUCGACGCUGAGGGUGGCGGGGAUGCACAGGCAUACUAGGUUGGUUCUUGGGGCGGUGGGGUGCGGGACGAGAUACAAGAACCCGGCCGAGGAUGUGGCGUUGUGCUGGUUGGAGGUGUUGAGGGGGGAUGAGUUUGCGGUGGAUUGGUGGACCGAUGUGGUGUUUGCUGUGUGGGACCCGCCUGGGGCAGGACCGGAUUCGGUGUCCAAGUUUAAUCAUGAGAUUUUUAAACGGGUGCUGGAUGGGAAGCACGUGGGGGAGUGUUAUUGGAGGUUGCAUGAGUAG